CGAGUGUGGAAGGGUGAGGGCUGAUAUAUCCGCGCUACAAACUAACUGUAAAAAAAAAUAGAACAUUUCAGUUGCAAUCUGUAAAGUUGAGGCGGGGCAGAAAUCGUCAGCAAUAUGUGAGACGGGCGUUUUUCUCAUUUCUGAAACUCUUCCAUUCUCCCUAACAUGCCUCAAGCAAGCAUGAAAAUGAACAGGUUCUGCCGGAGUAGGUGAUAAAGCCAAACACCACGCUCUUUUUGACGAGUCCAGCACGGACUUCGAGAGAAGUUUCGAGAGAAGGACUAAAUAGUUGCAAACAGCCUAAACUGAAACCAUGGACGUAUUCAAUUCAUGAAGAAUCUCAGUUGAGCCAUAAAGUUCUCUCUCAGGAAUCAGCAUGGCGCACCGCUCUCAGUGUUCCUCAGCAGGGGAUAACCCCCUGGACCCCAAAUACCUGCCUUCCCACUUCCGCGAGGAGUACCGGCUGGCCAUUGACGCGCUUGUGGAGGAUGACUUGGAGGGCUAUUAUGAAUUCCUUCAGAGUGCGGAUGUGGUGGACUUCCUCUCCAGACAGGAAAUUGAGCACAUUAGGUGCACAGUGCAAAUUCCGUACCAGAGCACUCAGCCAGAGCUCCCGUAUGUAGAGUCUGAGGGAGAUGGCUCUUCAGACACAUACUGGCCUGUGCACUCUGACUUGGAUGCACCUGGUCUUGACCUUGGCUGGCCCCAACAUCAUCACUUCAUAGGCCCCACCGAGGUCACCACGCUGGUUAACCCCUCUGAGCCAGAUAUGCCCAGUAUCAAGGCGCAGGCUCGUCGACUUAUCAAGAAUGCUCAACAAGUGAUUGCUGUGGUAAUGGACACCUUCACAGAUGUGGACAUCUUCGCUGAUAUUCUGGAUGCUGCCAUGCGAAGUGUUGCCGUGUAUAUCAUUCUGGAUGAACAGAAUGCACACCACUUUACUACCAUGGCUUCCAACUGCCGGGUCAAUCUGGAGAGCAUUCAAUUCAUGCGUGUCAGAACUGUGUCAGGCAUCACCUAUCGCUGUCGCUCUGGAAAAUCCUUCAAGGGUCAAAUGCUGGAUCGCUUCUUGCUGACAGACUGCAGGGCUGUCCUGAGUGGAAACUAUAGCUUCAUGUGGUCUUUUGAGAAGAUUCACCGUUGCAUGGCUCACCUCUUUCUUGGACAGCUUGUGACUACUUUUGAUGAGGAGUUCCGAAUCCUGUUUGCACAGUCCCAACCUUUGGUACCUGAAAAUGUCCUUGUUCCAGUGCCAGACUACAGCAGUUUAUCUGACAGCCAAUACAGCACUGAUAGGACACCACUGUUCAGAGAUCCCAGAAAGUUCCUGCCCAUAGAGAGCUCUCGUCCUAAAGAAUGGGCUAGACAUUCCUUUGAUGAUCAAAAAAGAAUGCCCCCUGGAAGGCACGAGCACAUCCACAGAUCGCUAGAUCAGGGUCCACUAGAUAUACACAGAAACAAGUACUCCUCACAGCAAUUUAGAAUAGAGCAGCAGUAUUUUGUGGAGCAAGGUCACCCUAUGAUACAGUCGAACACAAUGGAUUUUGCUGGCUCUAAAAGGCACAGUUAUGCAGAGGGCACUUAUGCCAGACACUCCUCCUCUCAAUUCAUGCAACACCAAGCCAUGCACAACUUUGAGGAGGGUAUGGCAACCCAGAGCAGGAAGAUACAUAGGGAACAGCAUCACUACCAGAGAACAGGGCCAGAGCCUGGUUAUGGUAGCUACGAUCAAUUCAGGGACCAAGGGUACCCUCCGAUGGAUCAGUAUUCUGAGUCUGGGUACCCACAUGGAAUAGAGAUAGAGCCACCAGACAACUAUGACCCUGUAGUGAAUUAUUUAUCAUCAUCGAAACUUGCUAUGGAGAUGGGACAUGGCUCAGACAAAUUAUCACAUCCAGGAGAGGGUCCCUUUUGUCAUUCAAAUGCAAAAAGACUGAGCGUGGGCCAUCCUUAUGCCUGUCAGACCUCCCCAACACAACAAAACCUGUCUGAACAGAAGCAGUUUUUUGUUGGGUCUGGUUCGGACCGUAAAACACAGGAUCCCAGUGCAAAGCAGGGGAUGCGAGAUUGGAGGAUCAGCUCAUACCUCAGUGCAUAUGAUGAUGCCGGGGAAGAAGACAUUUCACAGCCUUUUGGAAAUGAUCCCUUUGAAGAGCCCCUUAAUCCCUCACAAGGAAUAAUAUUUGCUCCACUGGUAUCAGAUCCCAAGUUUAAUGCCAAAGAGUUACCCAAGAUUGCAGAGCUCAGGUUAAAGACCACACGCCCAGAACAUUCAAGAACACCAGAUAUUAUUGUUAGCAUGGCAACAGGUGAAGGUGACAUAUCAGAGGAUAUGGAUGUAAAAGAGCCCAAAAGAGAAGAGUCAUUCCGUAGGAGGUUCAACCCUGCUAUCCAAAGGACCUCAAGGCUAAGAUCCUCACUAAUCUUCAGCUCACAACUAGAACAGCAUAUCUCUCAAGAACUGAACCUUACCUCAGGCCAACAUUGUGAGGAAACUGCCAACGAGGAAGAUGACCAAUCUAGAUUUUCCUUGACCGCUCAGAUUUUGGGAAAACGAAGAUCCAUAACAAGAGAACCUUUUCAAUGGAGAUGUAAUAAGCCAGCAACAGUUGAUAAUUCAACCAUAGAGUCUUUGAAAUUUAAGGACAUCACUACUGAUGCCGGUGAUAAGGAAUUGCAAAAUAAUCCUCCUUUGGGCACCAACAUGGCUUCUUCAAAGGAACAACCUAAACCUGACCAUGAAGAAGAAAGCAAAAUGGUACAAUGUGCACAUCCAUCCAAAUCUGCUCAAAUUGAGCAACCCAAAACCAUACAAACAGCACACCUGCCAUCUUCAUUGAGCAAUACAUUAUAUAUAGAUAUGAAUGACCCAGACAGUAGGUUCAAGUUUUUUAAAGAGUUGGCUGCCAAACGAAAAGCUGCAAAGGCUUCAGAAUCUGAGAGCAGCGCUGAAAAAGCUCCUCUAAAUCCAGUGACUCCAUUUGACUUGAAAACAAAGGACGAAGUCACACGUGUAGAACCUACUCUUCCAGUGGCUCCACUAAAUCCAGCAGAUACUUCCACCAAAAAGCCAUCUACAUCAACAGAGGGACCUCUUAACCCAGAAGAUACAUCAAACAAAAAGAUAGCAACAUCAACAGAGGCCCUACUUAAUCCAGCAGAUACUUCAACAAACAAGACAGCAACAUCAACAGAGACCCCACCUAAUCCAGCAGAUACUUCAACAAACAAGACAGCCACAUCAACAGAGACCCCACCUAAUCCAGCAGAUACUUCAACAAACAAGACAGCAACAUCAACAGAGACCCCACCUAAUCCAGCAGAUACUUCCAAUAAAAAGCCAGCUACAUCAACACAGACCUCUUCAGAAACACUGGAGACCUCACCUGUCUCACAGGGGAAUAAAACAUCCAUGGCAACACAUGGCUCAUUACAUCUUGAUGUCAAAGACGAGGCUUCUAAAAAUAAAGAACAGGAAGAACUUAAUCUUCCCAAAAGUGACUCCAAAACAUUCCUCAGGCGUAGAUUAUCUUGUGACGAUGGGCUACUUAGAGUCUCUAUGGAUGCUGAGAAGAUUGAGCUGAAGAACAGUCAGAACCAAAGUGUGUCUGAAGUUAACACAAGAGAUACAAGUGCAUUUCUUGAGCACACCUCAAAAGAGCGUAGCUUUAACAUCGCCCCAAAGGAGUUUAGUUCAUAUAAACUAUCACCAAAGGAACCAAAUUCUUCAAAUCCUGCUUCAAAGGAGCUGAGCCCAUCCCUUCCACUCACCCUAACAGAAGUUAGCUCGUUGUUAUCUCCAACAUCAACGAGUUUCAGUUUAGCUAAUCUCACUUCAUUUAAACAUGCCGCAAAAGAUUUGAGCUCAGCCCUUACCCCCACCCUUAAUGAGUCCAGUUCAUCUAACCUCCCGUCAAAGCAGAAAUUACUAUCCUCUAAACCAGUCACAGUAGAGUCCAACAAACCUCUGAGCCCCACCCAAUCCGAAUCAAGUGUCUCUUCUCAUCCCAUUCCAUCAAAAUCCAGCACCUCUGCUCAUACCAUCCCAUUGCAAUCAGGUCCCCCCAUUAUUCCUGGUCCAGUUGAGCCAGUUGUGUCUCCCAAGCCUGACAAAACUGAUUCCAAGGAAUUUCUUAGCCCUACCCCAAUGCAAUCUUGCUCGUCCUCAAUCCCUGCCCCUGCCCCUGCAACAAAACUUAGCCUUCGGCCAAGCUCUACCCAAACAAAAUCCAGUUCCUUACCUAUAUCCACCUUAGUUGGGUCCACUUCAUCAACACCAAUAGACUCUAACAUCUCUCCCAAUCCCUCCACAAAGGAGUCAUUGUUUACAAUUGCCACAACUGAGUUGAAGUCACCCUCUCCAAAGACCAACCCAAUAAAAUCCUACUCCUCUCCUAGUCCUGGCCAAGAUGAGUUUGUUUUAUCCCCCAACCCCUCCAAAACAGCAUCCAACUCUGAUCCAAAGCCCACCACAGCAGAGUUGAAUGACUCUCCCAACUCCUCACUUCCAUCGCCAAAGCAUUUCACAGAACAAGCCAACAAAUCACCCAUCCUAACACCAACACAAUCUAGUUCUUCUUCCAUUCCAACAACAAGAGAACCCAACCCUCUUCCUAACAACACCCCAACGGAACCAGGUGCAUCUCCUGACCACACCCCAACAGAUUCAAGUGCAUCUUCUAACCCUACCCAAACAAAAUCGCAUUCCUCCCCUAUGUCUGCGUCAGGUGGAUCAGUUUUGUUCCCCAUGUCUGGCCAAACAAAAUCUAUCACUUCUCCAAACCUCACCCCAACAGAAUAUUGUUCCUCUCCUAAUCAUACCCCAACUGAGUCAACCUCACCAUUCAACCCUGUCCUUGUAGAAUCCAACCCAUCAAGUAACUCAAACCCAACUCAUUCCACUGCCUCUCAUGACACUGUCCCAGCUCCAUCCGUCAUUGUGGAUAACAGUAAGAAGGGCAAACUAAGUAACCUUAUCAAGGAGCAAAGAGCUGGAAGUUCUCCUGCCGCUAAAGGUGACAAGAAAGCAGGUGAUCCUGAGAUAAUGAGCAAAACUGCUCCUGGAGAAUCCACCUCCCAUGGACCUCAGAGUCCUGAUGAAACCAAAGAGAAUGAUAGCACUAUGAAACCAGAGAGCCCUACAGAUCAAACUAAUCCCAUAUCACCCCCAGUGAAGCAAGCUAAAGUAAGCCAGUCCCACUACCAUUCAUCUACUGCCAAUGUACUCUCAAGCAGCAACCUAAGAGAUGACACAAAGCUCCUUUUAGGGCAGAUUUCUGCUAACAGCCAGAGCCGGACAGAAUUCACUAUAGAAUCUGCUGUCACUGAUGAUGCCAAACAGGAUGAGGCUGACCGGGGUGUUAGUGGUAAGGAGGAAGAAUCAGCACUAGGACAGAGCAGAGGCCCGACUAGAACUUCUCAGGAGCGGGAGAAGCUACUUCAGAGAAUCGAGAGCAUGCGGAAGGAGAGGAAAGUAUACAGCCGCUUUGAGAUGCCGCCUUAACCAGGGAUCGGAAGGAUGAUUGAGUAUGGAGAAAGACCAUCGCUAAUUCUCCUCCAAAACUUGUCCUUUAACUAUGUCCAUUCCCCAAAAGUCUAAAAUCACAGGUCAGAGAGGCACAGCUAGCUAACCAGCAGAGAGGUAUUAUUCUCAGGUUUCUACAUUAGAGUGUUCCUCCGAAUGGACUAUCUGCAUGUAAAUGAUUAAGGUUUAUGGGAACAUGAACAGAAACUUGACUAAGUUGACUAAGUUUACCAACAUGGACUACUGUAUAAGUAAACAGAGACUCUACAGUGUGGACAAUGGACUACUGCUAUCUACAAGGUGGGACUGAAACAUGCAAUCUCAUCAGAUAAAUACACAGCUAAAUGUGAAAUAUAUUUGAAAAGUAUUGUGUUCAUAGACACACCGGACACAUAGGUAUUGUUGACUGUAUGGGUCAACUGCAAUGUAAUAUCUGUUACUCUCAUGGUUGUUUAAUUAUUAUCUGUUUGAGGAUCUGUUUUAUAUACUAACAGACAUUUCAAAAUACAAACAUUAGAAUCACCAUUAAUCAUCAUAGAACAUGUAAUCAUCAUAAACAGUGCAAGUAUAGCUUUCAAGUAGUUAAUGGACCACUUUCUUCAUUUCAGUAGGUUAGUAGGUGUAACAAAUCAGGAUGACAAUGUGCAAGAUAAACCAAAUGCAGGUAACUGCCAAAAUAAUGUAAACACAUAUGUAAAUGAGGGAUACAAAGAAUAUUGAAGGCAUGUUCUUCCACACAGGUGUGGUUCCUGAAUUAAUUUAAGCAAUUAACAUCAUGCUUUGGGUCAUGUAUAAAAAUGCUGGGGCGGCCAUUAUUUUGGAUACUAUUGUUAUACCCCCAUAGGAUGACAAUGCUCCCAUCCGCAGGGCACAAGUGGUUACUGAAUGGUUUGAUGAGCAUUAAAACAAUGUAAACCAUAUGCCAUGUUUGUCUCAGUCACCAGAUCUCAACCCAAUUGAACACUUCUGGGAGAUUCUGGAGUGGCGCCUGAGACAACGUUUUCC